AUGGAAGAAUCUGCUAGUGGGGAUGCAACUCUAACAACCAUAAUCAAACUCGAAAAUGACGUUCAGAUGGAAGGACCCGGUGAUGUACUUGCUUCGGCAACAACGACUGAUUUACUAGCAGAUUUAAGUUUAGCCGAAGAUUUUAACAAGGAGAAGCAUUUAGGCCAAGCAUAUUUAAUUAAUCAUGAAAAAAUUCUUGGGACAUUUCAAAGUUGGAAUGAACACGAACAGCGAGACUUCAUGGAGAGAGCUUUACAGCGUAUGGGUCAUUAUCAAAUUGGGCAUAUUGAUAGAUAUAUCAGGCCUAUGCUUCAACGAGAUUUCAUCUCUCAUUUGCCAUCUCAAUUAGCGGUUAUGAUUCUUCAAAACCUGGAUGCUAAAUCAUUAUCUUCCUGUGAAGCUGUUUGUAGUAAUUGGAGAAGUGUACUCGCAGUUGGUCAACUUUGGCGAAAGCUUAUUGAACGUAAUGUUCGCAGUGAUAAUUUGUGGAGAGGAUUGAGCGAGAAAAGAAAAUGGAAAAAUUUCGUUCUGAUUGGCAGAGAAGCUGCUGCUCAGCUCAUCUGUGAACGGUAUGGUAAGAAAUAUGACCAGCUUCGAGGCUCUUUUGACAUGUUUAUGUUACAGCACAAAUUUUAUCGAGAGUUAUAUCCUCAAGUCAUUUCUGAUAUUUCAAAAAUAGAAACGAAUUGGAGGACUGGUACAUACACACUCAGUCGCAUUAAUUGUCGUUCUGAGCAAAGCAAAGGAGUUUACUGUCUUCAAUAUGAUGAUGAUAAAAUCGUUUCUGGUUUACGAGACAACACAAUCAAAAUUUGGGAUCGUCAUGAUCUUAGCAAUCCUCGAGUAUUGUCAGGUCACACGGGUUCUGUUUUAUGCUUACAAUAUGAUAAUCGUGUGAUAAUUUCGGGUUCAUCAGAUGCUACUGUAAGGGUUUGGGAUGUUAAUACGGGCGAAUGCCUUAACACUUUAAUACAUCAUUGCGAGGCUGUAUUACAUCUUCGGUUCAGUGAUGGUGUUAUGGUUACAUGUUCAAAAGAUAGAUCUAUUGCUGUGUGGGAUAUGGUCUCUCCUCGUGAAAUCAACAUGAGGCGGGUGUUAGUCGGUCACCGAGCAGCCGUUAAUGUUGUCGAUUUCGACGAAAGAUACAUCGUCUCCGCUUCUGGUGAUCGAACUAUUAAGGUUUGGUCUGCGGACUCUCUCGAAUUCGUUCGUACAUUGUCUGGACACAAGCGGGGAAUCGCAUGUCUUCAAUAUAGGGGACGCCUCGUCGUCUCAGGUUCCAGUGAUAAUACCAUCAGGUUAUGGGAUAUUUAUUCUGGCGUAUGUUUGAGAGUCCUUGAAGGACAUGAAGAGUUAGUAAGGUGUAUUCGUUUUGAUGAUAAAAGAAUAGUAUCCGGCGCCUAUGAUGGAAAAAUCAAGGUGUGGGAUCUUCAGGCUGCUUUGGACUCACGAUCAUUACCGGGAUGUCUUUGUUUGAGCACUCUGGUUCAACACACUGGCAGAGUGUUUCGCUUGCAGUUUGACGAUUUUCAAAUUGUCUCUUCUUCUCAUGAUGAUACGAUCCUCAUAUGGGAUUUUUUGGAUGCAACUGGCGAGACUAGAGACGUCAAUGCUGAUGCUUUGAAUGACGCAGCUCCUGCACCCGCAGUUAUCGUUGACAAUGCGAACAAUGUAGACGAAUCUUCUUCAGAGGAAAAUGAAGAUGUGGUGAGACGAGAGCGUCAUCCAGCUCGUCAAGGUCCUCGAGCGAGCCCGGAACUCUUUCAUUGA